AUGAUGGAUAAAACAUUGAAAUUUAUAUCGUUUAUUCUUUGGUUAAUUCGUAGUUUUUUAUCAAUAUGGAUUCAUCUUGGUUUUCGUUUAAUAUAUGGUAAUCAAAAAUUUAAAUUACCAUCUAUAACAAAUCAAUUAUUACUUCAACCAGCAACUGUAAUUGCAAAACGUAUUCGUCAAAGACAAAUAACUUCUUAUGAAGUUGUUAAAGCUUAUAUUGAUCGAAUAAAAUCUAUUCAACCAUAUUUAAAUGUUUAUGUUGAUGAAAGAUUUGAACAAGCAUUGGAUGAAGCACGAGAAAUUGAUCGAAUUUUAGAUAAUGAUAAAUCCAUACCUGAAGAAUGGAAUGAAGAACGAGCACCAUUUCUUGGUGUACCAUUUGCAAUUAAAGAAUCAAUGCAAUUUCGUGGUUUUCAUAAUUCAACUGGAAUUGUUUUACGAAAAGAUUUUAUAUGUACUGAAACAGCAAAAGCAGUAGAUAAUAUGUUAAAAUCAGGUGCUAUACUUUUAUGUAAUACAAAUGUUAGUGAAGGUUGUAUGUGGUUUGAAUCCCGAAAUGCUCUUUAUGGUACAACAAAUAAUCCAUAUGAUCUAUCACGUAUUGUUGGUGGUAGUUCUGGUGGUGCUGGUUGUAUUGUUUCAGCAGCUGGUGUACCAUUUGCUGUUGGUUCAGAUAUUGGUGGAAGUAUUCGAUUACCAUCAUUUAUGAAUGGAAUAUUUGGACAUAAAACAACACCUGAUGUUGUUCCAAAUGAAGGUCAAUAUCCUCCACAUAAAGAAUAUCAUCAAAAAUAUCUAUUAGCAACAGGACCAAUGUGUCGUUAUGCAUGUGAUCUACAUCCAAUGCUUCAAGCAUUAGCAGGUCCAGAAAAUAUUAGUAAAUUAUUAGAUUUUAAUACUUCGGUUGAUUUAAGUAAAUUACGUUAUUUUUAUAUUGAUGAAAUGGAUGCUUAUUUUGUUAAUAAAAUUGAUCGAGAACAACGAUUAGCUCAUCGACAAGUCGUUCAAUAUUUUGAACAUAAAUAUAAAGUUCAUGUAACACGUUUACGUUUAAAUCGUCUUCGUUAUGCUGUUCCACUUUGGACAUCAAUGAUGGUUGAUGGACAAUUAUCAACACAUGAUUUUUCUACAACACUUUUUAAUAGUACAUCAUAUUUAACUGCUUAUCAUGAAUUAUUACAAAAAAUUUUAUUUCGUUCAACACAUACAUUACCAGCUAUAGGUCUUGCUAUAUUAGAAGCAUUACCAAAUAAAUAUAAUAAACGUUUUCAUAAAUUAGCACAUAAAUUUUUCGAUGAAAUUCAAGUUUUAUUAGGUAAUGAUGGAAUAUUAUUUUUUCCAACAUUUCCUCAAUCAGCACCAUUACAUGGUUGGCCAUUAAUAAUGAAUACAUUUGAUUAUAUUUAUUGUGGUAUUAUUAAUGCAUUAGGUUUACCAUCAACACAAUGUCCAUUAGGAUUAGAUAGUCAGUGUUUACCUUUAGGUAUACAAUGUAUUGCUGGUCGUGGUCGUGAUCAAUUAACUUUAUGUGUUGCACAAGAAAUUGAAAAAGCUAGAGGAGGUUGGGUAUCACCAAGUCAAAAGAAAUGUAUCUAA